AAAAAAUAACUUCCCGAACGGCAGGGCAUAAAAUGAUAAAACAUCGUUGUGCAUUGGACGUAUCGAACCAGAGAAAAAGGGCCAAAAAAAAAAACUAUAGAACACAAGGGACUACACUCCACUCCAUUGACAUGUGGUGAGGAAACGUAGGGUGAUAGGGCAAGUAGACUGGUAGAGAGGAAAACAUGCAGGGGGCCGUGUGGAAGGCUAUACUUCUAUAGCUUCCUUCUUCUUUUAAAGCCCUUUGUACUGGUUUUUGGUGAUUUGAUUGCCUCCUGUGAAAUGGCAGCUGUGUCCGCUGUGAAAUGCAUGACGGCCCCCAGUUAUGGCGGAACUGGAUUAAUUUCGACAAAUUCUUCAGGGUUUAUUGGUGCUAAGCUCGGAGGAUCUUCGCAGUUGCCAGAUUUGACGGCUAGAUCUCACAAGGUCUCAAUGACUGCGACACUUUCUCCUAAGGCCAAGGAAGUUGACAAGGGUAAAAAUCAUUUUCACAUACGUGAGGCUCAUGAACAAGUGCUUCAUUCCAUGCCACCUCAGAAGAUUGAAAUCUUUAAAUCACUCGAGGGUUGGGCAGAAGAGAAUAUAUUGAUCCAUUUAAAACCCGUUGAGAAUUCUUGGCAGCCACAAGACUUACUGCCUGAUCCUGCUUCUGAGGCCUUUAUCGAUGACAUCAAAGAGUUAAGGGAGCGGUCUCGUGAAUUGCCGGAUGACUAUUUAGUUUGUCUGGUGGGAGAUAUGAUUACAGAGGAAGCGUUGCCGACUUAUCAGACCAUGCUUAACACUUUAGAUGGAGUGCGGGAUGAGAGUGGUGCCAGUCCCACAUCCUGGGCUGUGUGGACUCGUAUGUGGACAGCCGAAGAGAACAGACACGGUGAUCUUCUCAAUAAAUAUCUUUACUUGUGUGGCCGUGUGGACAUGAGACAGAUUGAAAAGACCAUACAGUACCUCAUUGGAUCAGGAAUGGAUCCCCGCACAGAAAAUAGUCCUUUUCUUGGAUUUUUGUACACAUCUUUCCAGGAGAGGGCAACUUUCAUAUCACAUGGUAACACUGCAAGAUUUGCCAAAGAUCAUGGUGAUCUCAAACUAGCUCAAAUAUGUGGAACUAUUGCUGCAGAUGAGAAGCGCCACGAGACUGCAUAUACUAAAAUAGUUGAGAAGCUAUUUGAGAUUGACCCUGAUGGUACAGUCAUAGCUUUUGAAGACAUGAUGCGGAAGAAGAUUUCUAUGCCUGCCCAUUUGAUGUAUGAUGGGCAGGAUGAUAAUUUGUUUGAGCACUUUUCAGCUGUUGCACAGAGGUUAGGGGUAUACACAGCAAGGGACUAUGCCGAUAUCAUGGAAUUCUUGGUUAAGAGAUGGAAUGUGGAGAAACUAGAAGGCCUUUCAGCCGAGGGAAGGAAGGCUCAAGAUUAUGUAUGCAAAUUGCCGCCUCGUAUCAGAAGGCUUGAAGAAAGAGCUCAAGAAAGGGUAAAACAGGGCCAGAAAUGUGGUUUCAGCUGGAUAUUCAACAGAGAAGUGGUGCUAUGAAAUUGUCAGAAAUUAGAUGGGUUACUACAUAUAGUAUAUGAUUUUAGUUUAGUAUUAGUUCUUAGAGUUUGUGUAGUGAUCGUUUGCAAACUAUUAAUUAUUAGUCCAUGCUUUGGUAAUAAAGGAUCAAAGAUCUUUUCCAAUGUUUACGAAUUACAUUCUAUUUUAUAAUCAAAUUCAAGUCUCAUAA